GCUGCAUAUAGAUGAGAGUUUAUAAAAACAUGAAAUUCGUGACUAUAGAAAAUGUACAGCUGUCUGAGAGCCGGCUGUAGCAAGUGCACGUAAGUAAAGCAUCAGAUGCUACACCUUUUAAUGGGCGACUGCGCAGUAGACAAUUCAGCCGACUAUGUAACCGUGUACCUCGCACAAGCAUACCAGGCAUUUCUCCGUCUUUGUAUAGCUGCCGUUGGUGUUGUACGUCUCCUUACCCUUCAGGAGACGCGUGUAUCUCUCUUUCUUUAUCAUCGCUUUCUCCUUUAUAUUUCUUCUCACUCUUGUGGUAAACGCUUGAUGGUGCGCCAAUACUCAGGGACGUAUUACAUUGCGCACAAUACUUAACAUAAUAUUAAUGCUUUAACUUAAUAUUUUUUAACAAAAUAACUUCAUUUUAUUCUUGCAUUAUAAAUGCUAUGCUUAUUUGUCCUACGUUAAUUACAACAUAUCAAAAAUUCAUACAUAAAAAUAACGCAUUUGUCAAUGUUAUCUAUUUAUGAUAUUCUUCAUAAAAAUGCGCUUAUCUAUUCAGUUCAAUUCUAAACAAGAAAUUGUUUUUAUCAUAAUGAUUCAGAUGAAUUAAUUAUUGAAAUUGUAGUUUUUAUUUUGUAUAAGAAUAGUAUUAUAUUGGUUGAAGAAACUUUCGCAGAAACAUAAAUGAAGAAAGGAAGAAACACAUCUUGAUAGAUCGUAGCCGCGGGCACCCGCAUAAUAUACCUAUCAUUUCGUCCCUGGUAGUGGUGCCGGCUGUGGAUGCAGGCGAGAACGUGCGCAGCUGUAAAACGCACGUAUGUGAUUCCGCUGAUAUAUUGCAAGUGAUAGUGACAUAUAUAAUAAACAUUUAAAAUGAUAUUAAAAAUUUGCAAAAACAAACAAUUUUAAAAGUGAAAUAAAAAUAAAUCUAAAGUUUAACAAAAUUGUUCUUUGUAUUUUUUAAUAUAAUUCACGAUUUAGUAAGCUUUUUAGAAUAUAAAAAAAUUCAUCUUUACAACUAUUUCCGUGUCAGGGACAAUAGGUAUUAGAAAAAAAUAUAGACAGAGUAUACAUCGGCAUAUGCUUUGUACCUGGUGGUUCUUUUAUGAUAAAGAUUAUGAAAGAAGUGUUGUGUUCAUUGAUAAUAUUUUAUAUGAAUGUGUAUUGUAUUUGAAGUUAUUAAUACUUAUUAAGAAAGAAAAAAAGACAAUGCAUCAAGUAAUUUUAUUUGAAAAUAUUAUUAAAAAAAAUUGCAUGUAGAAAGUUCCUUACUUCGAUAGCACUUGGAAACAGUAUUUUCUUUUUGAUAUUGAUAUAUUUUGACAUUUAAAUUCUUCAGCAUGAAAUUAAAAGAUAUAAUUUAUACAAAAGUCAUUUAUUGAACUUAUUAAUAUUGUUAAGUUCAUUUGAUAAUGAAAAUUUAUACGAGAAGAAAGAGAUAUAUUCCAAGCGUGCAUCGACACCCCGCUAAAACGUGUGCAAUGUAACGGAUGUAUAUAUUUCUCAAAGCAACGACAGGGCUAUCUCCAUUAUGGAGGCACUGCGUUUAGCUAUACAGACACGGCUAGGGGAGAGGAUGGUUAGUAUGAGCUCUAUGCUCGUGGAAACUGUUAGCAUAAACUAUGAAGAUUUUAAUGAAAGUUUUUUAACAUGUGGUACAUGUCUUUGUGUUUAUGAUGGUGGAGAACAUACCCCAAAAUUAUUACCAUGUUCACAUACUGUAUGUUUACAUUGUUUAACAAGAAUUGCUGCAUCUCAAACUCGUGAGACUGGUGCUUUUCGAUGUCCUAUUUGCAGAGAAUUAAUAACAAUUCCUCGUGGUGGAGUUCCUGCUUUACCACCUAGUUUUCUUGUAAAUCAAUUGCUUGAUCUUAUGUCUAGACAAAGAAGAGAGGUUAUUCCAAAAUGUUCAGUUCAUAUAAAUCAAGAAUUAUUAUUUUGUGAAACAUGUGAUACAGUGUUUUGUACAGUAUGUACAGGUGGUAAUCAUGCAGGAACAUCACCAGGAUGUACCGAGCAUACUAUCAUACCUUUUAGUAUUGCAAUAAAAAGAAUGUCUGAAAUAUUGCUUUAUAAAGCUAAUGAAUGUAUAUCUAAGUUAACACAAGCCCAGGAUUCUGUAAGUACGGAAUUACAACGUUUGGAAGCUUCAACAGAAAAAUGUUUGAAUGCUGUAGAUACUGAAUUUGCAGAAAUUAUUUCAAAAAUAGAAAGAAGGCGUUCAGAAUUGCAAGCAGCUGUUACUGCUGCUGCAAGAGAUAAGAAACAUGUCUUAGAAGAACAACAUGCUCUAAUAGAAGCUGAAAAAAAUAAAGUGCAAGGAGAAUGUGAAGGUUUACAAUAUCAGGUUGAAGUUCGAAAUAUUACACAAAGAAUCGGUAGUUUAUCUGAUCAACUUGAUGCGGCAUCAGCACUUAGUGAACCUAAAGAAAAUGCUUUUAUUACUUUUGAAUUUAAUCACAAUAAUGCUCUUUCUCAACUAGAGGAAGCUCUUAAUAAUUUGGGAAGAGUACGUUCUAGUACAACAUUGCCAGGUUUAUGCAGAGCCCGGUUGAAAGAUCCUGCCAUAGUUAAAUUACAAGCAGCUGUUAUAGUAGAGACUGUUGACUAUCAUGGACAUCCUAGAAAUGUUGGAGGAGAUCUUAUCACUGCAGAAUUAACUUUAGCAGAUAGUAUUCAUUCAGAAAACCAAAGUUCUAGUAUUGAAACUGAAAUAUUAGAUUUAGAAAAUGGUACAUAUGAAGUACUAUUUCGACCUCCAUCUGCAAGUCGUUAUAUUUUAAAGUUAUCAGUUUUUGAACGGCCUAUUAAAGAUUAUCCUUUAUUUUUUGAUGCAACUGAACAUAAUGAACCUAUUAAGAUAUAUGGAAGACGAGGAAAUGGAAAAGAUGAAUUUCAUCAACCAGUAGCAGUUGCUGUUGAUGAUGAUGGCAUGAUAUAUAUUUUAGAUACUGGGAACUCACGAAUAAAAGUACUCAAUUGUGAUUUAGAAUUUCAAAGGCAUAUAACUAAUGAAGGUCUAGAAGGACGUAGUUGUACAGGAAUUGGUAUAUCUCAACAAGGUAUCGUUGUUGUUAAUUGGAGGACACGUAAAAUAACUGAGAUGAGUUCUUUAGGAGAUACUGUUAAAUCUUUUUCCCAUAAUGCAUUUCAAGAACCAAUUGAUGUUGCAGUUGAUAGGAGUUAUGGCCAUAUACUUGUUGCAGACAAUGGUCAAAGUUGUGUUUUUGUAUUUGAUUCUGAUGGCAAAAUUCUCUUUCAGGUUGGAAAAAGAAGUACAUUUAAAUUAAUUACGUCUGUGACUGUUGGACCCAAUGGUGAAAUAAUAGUGGCUGAUAGUCGUAUACAAGUAUUUUCUGCUAAAGGAGAUUUUUCUGAAGAAAUUUAUUUAGAAGGCAAAGGAAAAGGUACUUAUGGAGGCCUUGCUGUUGAUACAGAAGGCAGAAUACUUGGUACUCGUACUGAUAAAGGUCGCAGUAUAAUCCAAGUUUUAAAGUUAGGAGGAGGUAAUAUUUUAACUGAAAUUGAUUCACAUAGUUCAAAACUACGACGUCCUUCAGGUAUUGCAGUACUACCUGAUAAUCAUUUAGUAGUUGUAGACUUGGGAAAUGAUUGUAUAAAAAAAUAUAGAUAUUGGUAAAAACAAGUUGAUUUGAAAUCAAAUUUAUCAUAUAUUCACAAAAAUCAUUCAUACAUUGCA